AUGUCAACGAGAACUCGAACAGCCCCUCACUACCUUAAAGACUUUCAUUGCCAGCAGGCUGUUUUGACUCCCAUUUCUCAGUCCAAGAUUCAGCCUACUUGCUACAAUCAAGCAGUGAAAAAUCCUGACUGGUGCACAGCCAUGGAUGCUGAAUUACAUGCCUUAGAACAAAACAAUACUUGGGUCCUCACAGAUUUACCUCAUGGAAAAGUACCUAUUGAUUGUAAAUAUGUGUAUAAAGUGAAACACAACUUAGAUGGCAGUGUGGAAAGAUUAAAGGCGCGUUUGGUUGCAAAGGGCUAUACUCAACAAGAAGGCAUUGAUUACAUUGACACUUUCUCACCAGUAGCCAAAAUGGUGACAGUAAGAUGCCUCUUAUCCAUUGCUGUAGUUCGAGGUUGGCAUUUGUAUCAAUUUGAUGUCAAUAAUGCCUUCCUCCAUGGUGACUUAGAAGAGGAAAUCUAUAUGAAUAAACCACCUCGCUAUUCCAAAGGAGGUCCUAAUCAGUCCAAGGCAGAUUAUAGUCUUUUUGUCAAGACAACUAAUGACUCUUUUACAGCUCUUUUAGUCUAUGUCGAUGACAUACUUGUGGCCAGUGACUCCCAUGAUUCUAUAGUUGCUCUCAAAGUCUUCUUGAAUGAUCACUUCAAAAUUAAAGACCUUGGUCCUCUUCGCUACUUUCUUGGUAUUGAAGUUGCCCGUUGCUCUCAAGGAAUUCAUAUUUGUCAACACAAAUAUGCUCUAGACAUCCUUGCUGAUUCUAGUACUUUAGGUUCCAAACCUGUCAAAGUGCCAAUGGACCAGAACUUAAAACUAAGCAGAGCAGCUGGUUCUACAUUGAAGGAUCAUUCCAUUUAUCGUUGGUUAGUAGGGAGAUUGCUUUAUCUCACUAUUACUCGCCCAGAUAUAAGUUAUGUUGUCCAUACAUUGAGCCAAUUCAUGGCCACUCCUACGUCAGCUCACUUGGCUGCUGCUCACAAGGUGCUCAAGUAUAUUAAGACAGCUCCAGCUCAAGACGUUCUAUUCUCUGCUGCCUCUUCUCUGCAACUUUCAGCUUAUUGCGACUCAGAUUGGGCCUCUUGCCCUGAUACUUGUCGCUCUGUCACUGGAUACUGUGUACUAUUAGGCAACUCUCUCAUUUCUUGGAAGUCUAAAAAGCAGAUUGUGGUUUCACACUCUUCAGCUGAAGCUGAAUAUAUAGCUAUGGCAACAACAUGUUCUGAGCUAACUUGGCUUAGGUUUCUUCUUAUUGAUCUUCAAGUUGAUCACCCUUAA